ACAUACAAAUUGGCACGAAUAACAGGCAAAUAAAAUUUUACACACUAUUAAUUCAUAUUAUUUAGUUUGUAUACUUCCGACAUUUUAUGUAUCUUCAUCGUCGUAUGCUACCUUCAGUCGCGAUAUAAAGAUAAGAUGUGAUAGAAUUUUAUUAUACCUACACAAUUUAGCCGUACAAAAGACGUCCACGCGCUCCACACAAUAUACAGUUUCAAGAAUGUCUCAUCCGAGAUAGCACUCGAUGUGUAAAUAGUAAACUCGCGAUUAUAUUCGACAUGAAUAGUGCUAACAAAAUGGAAUUCGAAACGGUUCUCAACGAAGAAUUAGGAGAGAUCGGAAAAUAUCAAAUAAUAAACAUUCUCCUGCUAAUGAUACCCACAACGGUGUCCGGAUUCUUGGCGUCGGAUUAUAUAUUCACGGCGGGGAGGCUCCCGCACCGCUGCGCCGUACCUUUGUGCGACGGAUUAUCGCCGGAAUACGCUCCCGAAUGGAUUCUCAACGCUAUACCAGAAACAUCCAGCGGCUUCGCCGAUUGUUCGCGUUACGCAAAUAUUUCGAGCGAUAUGACUCAAAACAAUACCUGUCCUAUAGAAUUGUUCGACAUAAACGACGUCGUCAGCUGCGAGAGCUUUGUGUACGAGCGGACGAACACGGUCGUCUACGAUUUCGGCCUGGAAUGCAACGAAUGGCUGCGAGCCCUGGCCGGAACUCUGAACAGUGUCGGUGGAAUGUUCGCCCUUCCGCUGGCCGGCCUCGUAUCGGAUCAACUGGGGAGACGGGUCUCGAUAGUGUUUUUCGCCUUCAAUGUCGCUCUAGUGGGAGUCGUGCGGGCGUUCUCGGUCAACUACUACAUGUACAUAGCGCUUCAGUUCUUGCAAACGGCGAUCGGGGGCGGAAUGUUUAGUGCGGCGUACAUUCUAGCCACGGAGCUCGUCGGGGCGAAGUACCGGGUGGCGACUAGUGCCACUAUGUCGUCCUGUUUCGCGCUCGGGCAGGCGCUGUUCGGCGCGAUCGCCGCCGGCGUCCAGCCGUGGCGUCAUCUGACGCUGACCGCCUUCGCGCCGGCGUUCCUGCUGCUGUCGUACUACUGGCUCGUCACCGAGAGUCACCGGUGGCUGCUCAGCAAGGGUAGGAGCGCCAGAGCCAAAGCCACGCUGGAGCGAGGCGCACGGUUGAACGGAAGAAUUAUAUCUCCGGAAAAAAUGAGCUACCUCCUCACGGCAAUAUCCGAUCAGGAGAAGCUGAAAUCGAAUUCGACCGAAAUUCCCAGUAGUAGAUUAUUGUUUAGUCGAGUUAUUCAGUCCCCGAUUAUGUUGCGCAGAUGUUGCACGACGCCGGUGUACUGGAUCGCGACGACGUUCAUAUACUACGGGUUAUCUAUUAACUCGGUGAGCUUAUCUGGCAAUAUAUAUUUGAAUUAUGUACUGAUAGCUCUAAUAGAAAUUCCGGGCUAUUGGACUGCCGUUUUAUUGCUGGACCGAAUUGGCCGCAAGCCGACUCUAUUCUUCGGGUACAUGAUUUGCGCGUUGUGCUGUAUUGCAUUUUCAUUUACGCCGAACGACUUUUACGGGCUAUCGUUGAUUUUGUAUUUGACCGGAAAGUUUUGCAUAGGUACGGUGUUCACGUCUUUAUACCUGUAUACUCUGGAGUUAUAUCCGACGAGGUAUCGCCACUCUUUUAUAGCUUUUUCGUCGAUGCUGGGUCGGAUCGGGUCGAUCGUGGCUCCGCUCACUCCGCCGCUGAUGGACUACUGGUCGGGGCUGCCGUCGAUGUUGUUCGGUGUAGUGGCGACUACGGCCGGCUUGUUGGUGCUCACACAGCCGGAGACUCGGGGACGAAGAGUACCGGACACCUUUGAGGAUGCAGAAGAUAUAAAAUAAAAUAAAGGUUCUUUGUAUCUUUUAUAAAAUAAAACUGAAAAAAAAUCGUGUACAUUUUGAUUUGACUCGUGGAAGAGCAGCAACAAGCAAUAGCAAAACAUAGCAUCGAUCGUAGCAAUAUACUAUACAGAGUGAAUUUUGAAAGUGAACAUGGUAUGGGAAAUUCAAAUCAGUAGGCGAGAGAAUAAAUUUAAGAAAAACUGCU